AUGCAUUCCAACGAGAUCCCAAGUAAAGAUGGCGAGAAAUAUGUAGUUGUCAAGGUCGAGAAGGAUGCUACCACUUCCACCCAAGCAUCAAGCGAUGCAGGCAAGGACGAAGAUAUCAAAUGCCCAGAGAUCUUGUACAAAGUCCAGUAUAAGGAUGUAGGUGGUGAAAUCAAGGGAACAAAGGAGUUGGCAGCACCAUAUAAGUUGAAGAAAACAACAUAUCGUGAUUCAGAAAUACCUAUUCUAGAAGUCUUAUACAGUGUUACCAUUUGGUUCCCUACCAUCUAUGGCAAGAAAAAGAAUAAGAAGGACAAAGAGGAUGAAAAUGUGAUAUCAUCAGAGAUGAAAGACGAAAAUGACUUCGACGAACGAUCUAUGGAAGAGAAAGAACUCAUUAUUCAUUCUCCACACAUCAUGAAAGCCUUAAGAUCCAUUGUUGAAUACUAUCCCGGACAAUCUUUACUCGGUGACACUAUCUCAAUCAAGGAACCUUAUGGAAUCCUUGUUCAUUACCGAAAAGAACUUCAAGAAUACAAAGAGAAUUGUGACGAUGCGGAAGCCAGUCAUCAUAUCAGCGUCCUUCAGAAGUAUCUUGAGGAUAACUUUGAAGAAAAGUUGAAGUUGGAGGAUGACCGACAUGCUAGAGCUAAUCCAGUAGUAACGUUUGAGAUGUUAUGGAUGCUGUUUAAGCCAGGAAUGGAUGUCUACGCUCAAUUCGACGAGCAACGUGCUGGUUUCGUUCUCCAGGGGUGUGAAAAUUCCACAGAAAAUACCAGACCAGGACAGCCAUCACCUCUCAAAGUCAAGAUGUGGUAUCUAGAUUUCGAUGGUCGAUUCGUUGGACGUCGAUCUCAUGAGGUCACCAUCGCGCCGUUUGAAGGCGAGCGCGAAGUCACAUCGUUAAAGGUCAUUCCUGCCCAUUACAUCGAUAGCAAUCCUACCCUAUCUCCACGAAAACAACUCGAAGAUCGUGGAGAGAAAUUCUACAGUAUGUUGAUGGGUAAACAAAUGGACUACAGAGGUUUCAGUAUGCCCGUUGAACAAAAGCCAAAGCGUUUCCACGAGGGUCGAGUCGUGGUUGAUCAAAGCGCUUUCUAUACAUACGCCGAUUGGCAAGAAACACAGAAACAUCCAGCUCCAGUCCUCGGUAUCGAUGAUGACGAUUCUGGUAUUCUUGCAGAUUUGCACUAUAACUGCAAUUGUUCAGACUGUAAUUCUAAACGACUAGCUGCAUCGGCCAAUACAAGAUGGGGCAAGUACGAAAAUAUCGAACCUCGCGAAACACCUUCGCUUGCCGAAACCGAUGCAAAUGGAGUUGUUUCCCGACACAAGUACUUUCUCUGUCCUCGUCGUAUCAUGGGUUUCGAUCUCAAGUCUAAGAAAUGGCAAGCUCUCGACGUCGAUUGUUGUCAACCUCCUAAAUUCUACACUUCGGCUAUUGAGAAUCUAGUCCUACCAAACGAAAAACAGGAAAUGAUCAAAGCCCUCGUUCACAAAUACACAUCCUCCAAGAAAGCUGGCAGAAGCGAAACAACCUGGUCAGCCGAUCCUAUCCCCAACAAAGGCGAAGGACAAAUCUUCUUAUUGCACGGUCCUCCCGGUGCUGGUAAAACCUACACCGCAGAAUGUGUAGCCGAAUUCACAUCAAGACCCCUCCUUUCACUCACUUGUGGUGAUAUCGGAACCGAUGAAUUCCGCGUCGAAGAAUCCCUCAGCAAAUGGUUUAAAUUGGCCGAAAUAUGGGGUGCCGUCAUGUUAAUCGACGAAGCUGAUGUGUAUCUCGAGCGUCGUGAAGUUUCCGAACUCACACGUAACGGACUCGUAUCUGUCUUUUUACGAGCGAUGGAAUACUACAGAGGUAUUCUCUUCCUCACCACCAAUCGCGUGGGCCACUUUGAUCCAGCUUUCUUCUCCCGCAUCCACGUGUACAUUGGAUACCGCCCUCUAGACUGCGAAGGCCGGAAGAGAAUCUGGCUUCAAUUUUUCACCAAGCUAGGAUUAGAACGCGGACAUGAAAUCACCAUCAUGAGUGCUGCGAAGCGCUACAUCCUCUCCGAUGAGGUACUCAAAGAUAUUGAUUGGAAUGGUCGUGAGAUUCGCAAUGCGUUCCAAACCGCGGUUGCACUAGCCGAAUAUGAAGCCGAGACAAAGAAGGGACCAAACGAGGAUGGAAAAGUGGAAGUAGAAUUGAGACGGGAUCACUUCGAGAAGGUGGUAGAAAUGAGUGAUAAUUUUAAAAAGUAUCUGGCGACGGUGGGAAGUGACGAGGUGGCUGGUCAGAGCGAGAUGACCAAGGCAAAGCUUAAUGGAGAUAGAGGUGAUGAUGCGCUUUUGUAA